AUGGUUUUGGUCAGUUCAGCGGAAAGAAACUAUCAAGAACGAAUACGCUUAGAACGUAUGCGAGAUAACUCCAAUCCGUUUGAGUUGGCAGAGGAAAAAUUUCAGAAACUAUUCAGGCUUCCUAGAUCUGCUGCUUUUCAAUUAGUCAGCGAUCUCGAUGAUCAACGCCUGGAUGAAGGCUUCAUACCUAAACACCUAAAGGUUUUAUCUGCACUUCAAUUUUUUGCUCAAGGGAGUUACCAAGCUGCUGUAGGGCAAGACAAUUUCAUUGCACUUAGCCAACCUUCUGUUAGCAGGUGCAUUAAAAUAACAGCAGAUUUAAUAGUGGAGAAGCUUUUACCUAAUUGUAUAAAAUUUCCCAUGACUGAGAGUGAAAAACUGAUUGCAAUGACAGAAUUUCAAGAGCUGUUUAAUAUGCCUAACACCUUAGGUGCAGUAGAUGGGACACAUAUUUCAAUAGCAAAGCCAUCUAUUAAUCACCCUACUGCACCUGGAAAUCUUUUCUAUAAUAGAAAAGGAUUCUACAGUAUUAACUGUCAGAUUGUGUGUAGUGCAAAAGGGAAAAUUAUUGGGCUCAAUCCAAAUUUUCCUGGCUCAACACAUGAUGCUGCUAUCUGGAGAGCAUCAACUAUAAAUCAUUUUUUUAAAAGUAAUUUUUUGUCUGGAGAGAGAAACCAAUGGCUUUUAGGUGACAAAGGAUACCCCCUGCAACCAUGGCUUAUGACACCACUAAUGGCACCAACAACGGAGGCAGAAAGGGCAUACAACAACUAUGCAUUAAAUGAUGAUAAUCAUUAUGAUGUGGAAAUACAAGAUGUAAAUAUUGUGGUUGAGGAAGAAAACCAAGAUUUUUUGAUAGAGGCAAGACAGAUUCCGGAAGAAUUAAUACAAACUCAUUUUAAUUAUUAG